AUGAGAGGAAAGUUUUUCAGUGGUAUGUGCACCACUCAACGUGUGGAGUCCAUGAACAAGUAUGUGAAAGAUUACUUGAGGAAAGGCGUGAAGUUGUUUGAAUGUAUUCCAGCAAUCGAUAGGGCUAUGUUACGUCUUAGGAAUAACACGGCGAAGGAUGGUUUCAACGCAAAGUACUCAACACCAGUCCUUAAAACCGCAUUGACAAAACUAGAGCAACAAGCUUCUUUGAUUUACACGCAUAGGUGCUUUGUAUUGGUAGGUCAUAAGAUCGAAUCUUGUUCAGCACUCACCCAUGAUAAUGUGAUGCAUAAUUUUGGAGGUCGUGUAUACGUAUUGUCCAAAUAUGGUGAACCGCAUAAUAAUUGGACUUGUGUUUACCACGGUGGGGAAAAUAUGCGGAUAGAGUGUGGAUGCCGGAAAUAUGAAAGUGAAGGGAUCCCGUGUUGCCACCUGUUUUAUGUAAUGAAGUGCGAGCACCUUACGGAAAUUCCUCCAGCACUCAUAAUGAAGAGAUGGACAAAGAGUGCCCAAACUGAUACAUGUACGGAAUUUAUCGGCAAAGUAGAUGAGGGAAUUUGUGAAGGCUUACGGCAAAAGGAAGAAGAGACAAGUCUGAAAUUGGGUACUGCUGACCAAUGUCCUACAAAUAUUGUGAAAGAUCCAAAUAUUGUUAAGACAAAAGGCACUCAAGCAAGGCAAGGUGGAAUGCGCAAGCGUCGACAAUGUCAUUUGUGUCGCGGAUAUGGACAUACAAAGCGUAAUUGCUCUCAAAGAAACUUGCAUCCAAGUAGAAAUGCAUGUGUCAAUAUCCCAUCAGGUAGUGAAAGCUAUCAGUAUAGUUCUGAUAAAGGGCCGUCCCCGGACAUUAGCUACAAUUAUCCUAGUCAAAUGGUUUCUCAAUGCAGAGGCAACUAUGUGGUUGAUUUGUCUGGUUCUGAUAGUUUUUCUACUGCAGACCCAAUCGGUUCUACCCCGAACAGUGACGAUGGUUUCUCAUUCGACAAUGGUGAACCUAAUUCCCUAGGUACUGGUUCAACCCAAAACAAUUGUAGCUUUGGAACUUGGUUUACAUGUAACAAUUAA